GUCUCGCCCCUCCUCUUCUGGUCUUUCGUCGUCUCGUAAAUCUCCAACGGCCCCCCGAUCUCUGCGUGAGGUGGCUGCGUCGGAGCCUGAUGUCGGCGGGGAGAAUUCCCAGCGAAGAUAGCGCAAGAAACCCAAAAUAAUCCCUGGUUUUAUCCCGUUCUUGUUCGUUCGGUUGGUUCCUGACAAAAGGGGAAACGAUUGUUGUUCUUCCGCCGGAUCUCGGCCAUGGCAAUGGCUGCGGCGUUGGUGGUGGUGCCCCUCGGCCUUCUGUUCCUCCUGUCGGGGCUAAUUGUGAACCUCAUUCAGGCGACAAUUUACAUCACAAUACGACCUUUCUCGAAAAGUCUCUUCAGGAGGAUUAACAGAGUGGUGGCUGAAUUACUAUGGCUCCAGCUCAUCUGGCUUGUCGAUUGGUGGGCUGGUGUUAAGGUCCAAUUAUAUGCAGAUUCUAAAACUUAUGAAUUGAUGGGUAAGGAGCAUGCACUUGUCAUUUGCAACCACAAAAGUGACAUUGAUUGGCUUGUUGGAUGGAUUUUAUCUCAGCGCUCAGGUUGCCUUGGAAGCACUUUAGCGGUGAUGAAGAAAUCAUCGAAGUUUCUGCCAGUUAUUGGUUGGUCAAUGUGGUUUACUGAGUACCUCUUUCUUGAAAGAAGCUGGGCUAAGGAUGAGAACAUACUUACGUUGGGUUUACAACAUUUGAAGGACUUCCCUAGACCAUUUUGGCUGGCUUUGUUUGUUGAGGGGACACGUUUUACACCAGCAAAACUUAUAGCAGCACAAGAAUAUGCAGCUUCACAAGGUCUUCCUAUCCCUAGGAAUGUUCUCAUUCCCCGGACCAAGGGUUUUGUUUCAGCAGUAAGCAUUAUGCGCCCCUUUGUUCCUGCUAUCUAUGACGUAACAGUAGCUAUUCCUUCUGAUCAACCUCCACCAACGAUGCUUAGGAUUCUGAAAGGGCAAUCUUCAGUGGUAUAUGUCCACAUGAAGCGCCAUGCAAUGACCGAUCUGCCUGAAACAGAUGAGGGAGUGGCACAGUGGUGUAAAGACAUAUUUGUGGCUAAGGAUGCUUUACUGGAUAGAUACCAAUCAGAGGGUACUUUUGGCAUUGAACAAAGACAAAUUGGUCGGCCUAUGAAGUCUUUGCUGGUCGUGGCAUUUUGGUUUAGUCUCCUAUCAUAUGCUACCUUCAGAUUCUUCAAAUGGACUGAACUCUUGUCAACAUGGAAAGGAGUUGCACUCACCACAGCAGCGUUAUUAAUGGUAACUAUGAUUAUGCACAUUUUUAUCCGUUUUUCUCAAUCCGAGCAUUCAACCACGGCCAGAGCUGCACGGAACCGAGCAAGGAAAGAGUAAACAAUCGUCGCAGCAUUGAAACACCUAGCCAGUCCAUCAAAAAUAGCAACCAUGUUGGACCUUCAGUUGUGACUGGCAAUUGUGGAAGAUGCAGUUUCACUCUUACUAGUAGUAUGCUGUCAUUCAGAUGAGUCAUGGAAAUGCACUUCCCUCUGUUCCAAUGGUCCAAAGCAAAAAGUUACUUGAGAAGGGGUUUUUGGCAUGGAGACUAUAUCAAAACUUCUUCCAUGUCAUUCUAUCUCUGGUAUGUGAAAUCAAGGCAGCCUUGCUUUUGAAAUCUUGGAGAACAAAUUGGUAGGCAAAACUAAUAUUGCAAUGCUACUGUCACAUAGAACCCAUGUUGGUUUCCUACUGCUUCUUGAUUUCAUGACUAUGGAUGUGGUCGCAAUUAAUUAUUAAAUCUAGGAUAUGUGUUAUCAUUAGCAUGAAUCUUGAGAAAGCUUAUGAAACAACCUCCUUUAAUGUUAUUACAUGUCUUUUAUUUC